UCACGAUUAUAAAACCAUCUCAAAACUAAAUUAUUUGCAAGCACCAUGACAGAUGCUAAAUAAUUACCAUUUAAUAAUACCAAAAUCAUGUCUGUGUUUUGCUUUUUUUUCUUUCUUCUAACAUUCAUGGUGAAGAAAAUUAUGUCUUCCAAAUCAGUAUUAGCUUUGUUAAGAGUUCAAAGAUCCAAAAACAAGAUGGAUACAAAGAUAGAGCAUUUGCCACAAGAAUUAUUAUCCAACAUCCUAUCAAGGAUACCGGCGAAAAAAUUGUUGAAAUGCAAGUGCGUUUGCAAAUCAUGGUUCGAUCUUAUAACCCAUCCCUUUUUUAUUAACAAUUACUAUGUUUUUUACGACAACCUUAUUUACUCUCAAAAUCAAGAGGAGAAGCUCUUGGUUAUACAUAGACCCUUUAUUUCUGGAGUGGAAACUUUUAUUUCUCUUCUUUCUUGGAAUUUCAAUGAUCUUAAAAAACAUGUUUCUUCUUCUCUGGUAAACCUUCCGGAUGAAUAUAUUUCAGAUCAUAAAUAUUGGACUGAAAUAAUGGGUCCAUGUAAUGGUAUUUACUUUCUAGAAGGACAUCCAAAUUUCAUGAUGAACCUUUCUCUUAGACAGUUCAAGGCUUUGCCUGAAUCCCAUGUAACAGAUUCAUAUGGAACUUAUUCUCUCACUGAAUUUGCUGGAUUUGGAUUUGAUCCUAAGAAUAAUGACUAUAAAGUUGUUUUCUUAAAAGACGUUUGGUUGAGGAAAACAGAUGAAAGACAAAAAGGGUGUUGGAAUGCUGAGUUAUACAGUCUUAAUUCCAACUCUUGGAGAAAGCUUGAUGCUAAAGAUCUCCCUCUUCCAAUUGAAAUUUCGAGUUCUUGUUCUCAGGUUUAUACUUAUAUGAACAAUUGUUGUCAUUGGUGGGGUUAUGUUGAUAAGUAUGGUAGCGGAAUAGAAGAUGUUGUUUUAGCCUUUAACAUGGUUGAUGAAUCAUUUAGAAAGAUAAAAGUGCCUAAAUUAAAGUAUUCUAAUUCUAAUUCUAAUUCUUCAGUUGAAUGUUUUAAAACAUUGGUACCUUUUCAUGAAACUGAUACUAUUGGUGUCAUAGUUUAUCCUGUAAGAGGAAUAGAGAAAUGUUAUGAUGUUUGGAUGAUGAAGGAUUAUUGGGAUGAAGAGUCUUGGAUCAAGCAAUACAGUGUUGGACCUGUGCCUAUGAUUUCAAAGUUUGUUGGAAUCUAUGGAAACAAUGGAUUUCUUUGGAUAGAUACAAAUGAAAGGUUGGUAUUGUAUGAGUCUGAGAAAGAAAAUAGAAUGGAAAUUCAUGAUUAUGGAAAAUAUGAUUCAGUAAGAGCGGUUAGAUACACGGAAAGUCUUGUUUUGGUUCAAAGGGGGAGAGAAAGUAGUCAUCAAAGUUUUUUAUGUAGAAUGGUUCAGAUCAUCUACAGAUCUUUUUUCUUUUCUUUUUUUAUUUAAAGAAAUACAUUGAGUAACAACAUAAAGGUUUUUGAUUCCCAUGUGAACACAAUGACUACAAUUGAAGCUGGAUCACAAACACAUUUGAAUGUCAUUCUACAAAUGAAAAUAUUUGAUUUUAGUGUUAUUUGUCUAUAAAACUACUUCAAUAAUAUGUGACAUAGCCAAGACUCUGAAUCAGAGGUACAAUUUUUAACACAAUUAAUAUAAAUUUAGUAUAAUAUAUUUUUCUCUUUAUUUUACAUUUUAUGUACAUACUAUUAAAAUAUUAUUUACAUAUAUAUUAUAUCAAUA